AUGGUUAACCCCUACGCAUCGACCGUCUCUGCCAACAGCAACUUUGAUGUGCAGCACGCCAUGGUCAACCCCUACUCGUCAGCCGCCCCUGCCGAAAACUACCUUGCUGUCCAGCAAGCCAUGGCCCAGCAGGCUCAGGGCUAUGAGCAACAGACCCACAGCUCUGCUGGUCAGGUCUUCAUGCCUGGCUACUACGCCCCCAACAGCACCAUGGAUGCCGCUCCUGAUCUCCUUGCCCCAGGAGACCACAACCAGCUGGUUGUAUUCGAUCCUAACACCCACGCGCACUCGAACGAUGAAUACCUUGCCCUUCAGCGAGGCUACGACCAGCUACAACAAUUCUACAGCCCGGCUGGCCAGCCCACUAUGCCUUACUCUUAUGGUUUCACUGGCCCCAUGGGUGUUGCUGCUUUUCCUCCCACUCAUGGACCUCCUGACCAGCUUGCUGCUGUCUCACUUCACCAGGCUCCAGUCGAAAGUGCCAACAAGAUCAAGAAUGCCGGCAAGUUGCCUCAGCACAAGCCAGGCAAGGAAUGCCCCGAGCAGAACGAAAAGUGCCACUGGCAUCAUACCGCGUGGUGCCACAGCAACCCGAAGACUUGCCCUCUUGCGCGUAAGUACUUUUAA